AUGACCAUGAUCUAUCCGAGGUAUCGACCCCCAGUUAGGUGUAUCGAUCGUACUGUGGAAGAAUUGAUUGCCGAGCAGCUAAUGCGUAUUGGAGAUGAAUUGGAACAACUAUUCGCAGAACACUCCGCGUUUCAUCGGGGUGACCAGAUGCCAGACAUGAGUCCGAAUCGGUCGUUACGUAAAUUGCGACAAUUUGUGGCACAGAAAAAGGUGACGAACACAUUUCUGGUCGGUUUCGGGAUCGUUUGCAGUGCACUGAUGAUCAAACGCCUACUGCUACAAAGGGCUUGA